UCCGGUGAGAAACCGCUAUCAGCCAGAAAAUUGUACCGACCUGGAGUCCGUUACAUGGGUAUACAUUAACAGAAAUCUCCGUUGUUUAAAAAAGUACUUAUUUUCGAGGUUCGGGGCCUUUAAGGGAAACUCACAGACAACAUGCCCGGGGAAAGGUAACCGUACUCGGAGUGCUGCUGCCUCCUCAUCCGGCUAAAGGACGGAGCAAGACGGCUAGACGCCAAUGGAGAGGCCGGGUAGGCUGCUGCUGCAGUCGGAGCUCCGCGUCAGAAAUACCGCGUACGAUGUAAGCCUGAGCCGGUCACUGCUCAUCUGGAAGAGACGGGCCUCUAGUCCCGUGUACCACCCGUUCAGACCCAGAUUUUGUGUUCCUUUGUUUCUUUGUCGACCUGAUCCAGGUGUCUGUCACAGUGUCCCAGUGUCAGAGAUCAUCUCUGUCAGAGAGGAAGAGGAGGAGAAUGGCAGCAGACAAAGAGACGAUGGUAGCUGGAAAAAGAUCAGAGAAAGAGAGGGAAAGGACUGCAGGCAGGCCUUCACAGUGUUGUACGUGGAGAGGUGUCGGCAGCACCGCUGGCGGUGUGCUGAGGUCACCUUCACUUGUUCAGAUGAGGCGGUGUGUCAGCACUGGGUCAGCAGCAUCAGAGAGCAGCUCGCCAGUAACACCAGCAGACCAAAACAUCUGCUGGUUUACAUAAAUCCAUAUGGUGGGAAGCGUCAGGGAAAACGGAUCUACGAGCAGAAAGUUGCCCCCCUGUUCACACAGGCUGGAAUCUCCACCAGUGUUAUUGUGACAGAGUACGCCAAUCACGCCAGAGAUCACUUGAAGAUGGAGGCGGAGUUGAAGAAAUUUGAUGGUGUGGUGUGCGUUGGCGGGGACGGCAUGUUUAGUGAGAUCAUCCACGGACUGAUCUGGAGAACACAGAUCGACUGCGGCGUAGAUCCAAACAGUCCAGAGGAGGCACUGUCUCCCUGCUCCCUACGCAUCGGAAUCAUUCCUGCAGGUUCCACAGACUGCAUCUGCUUUGCUACUGUGGGCACAAAUGACCCCGUGACCUCUGCACUACACAUCAUUGUGGGAGACUCUCAGCCGCUGGAUGUGUGCUCAGUUCAUCACAACAACAUGUUCCUGCGAUACUCUGUCUCGCUGCUUGGAUAUGGUUUUUAUGGCGAUGUGCUAUCAGACAGCGAGAGGAAGAGAUGGAUGGGGCCUGCAAGAUAUGACUUCUCAGGUCUGAAGAUGUUCCUGACUCAUCAUUACUACGAAGGAACAGUGUCCUACCUGCCAGCCAGAGGUAUCAUAGGAACACCACGAGACGCCACCAGGUGUCGAUCUGGGUGUGUAAUUUGUCAGCACAAUGGACAGCUAAAUUCAGAGAGAAGCGAGAAGUAUGAGAUGGAUGAAGCAUCAGACUCUGAGAGUAGUGGCGAGUGGAGGACGAUUCGAGGAAAGUUCCUCGCUAUAAAUGCUGCCAGCAUGAGCUGUGCUUGUCCUCGCAGCCCCAAAGGCCUCUCGCCUGCUGCCCACCUGGCUGACGGCACCACAGACCUCAUCCUCGUCCGAAAAUGUUCUCGUUUCAACUUCCUUAGACACCUCCUACGACACACCAGCAAAGAUGACCAGUUUGACCUUACCUUCAUUGAGGUCCAUCGAGUGAGGCGUUUCCGUUUCAUGCCACGUCACUGCCAAAGCGACUCGGACCUGGAGUUGGACUUCCAUGAGAAUAGCAAGCGGCAGAUCUUCAGCCAGAUCUGCAAAGACCACCCAGCUUGUGGCUGUGCACCCGCCUACAGCAGCUGGAACUGCGAUGGCGAGAUCCUGACCCACACAGCCAUUGACGUCAGAGCGCACUGCCAGUUGAUCAAGCUGUUUGCUCGAGGGAUUGAAGAACUGCCAGUGUUUGAGGAUCUCACCAACCCCUGUGCAAUAUAGAUCUCCACCAGUCUGUCCCCAGGCAUUGGAGCCAUCUGAUUAUGGCCGCCGCCUAAAGCACUGCUACCACCUCCAUCAUGUGAUGCUCAUCACAUCUUUCAGUUGAAAACUCAACUGGCUAAGUUACAUUGUUACUCAACAAAUGUCAUCAGCGUAGUCAGAAAUGAAAUUUUACUUUCCAGGUCUGAGGAUUUAAGGUGAUUUCCUCACAGGUGGGAAGUGAUGCUAAAACUGAUGAAAUUCAGGAAACUCUAGAUGCAGAAAGUAAAACAUCAACCUCAGAUUUUGGAUUUUUUGCUAGAUGACUGUUGGUGUUUGUUUGGAAUGGUUGUUGGGUGUUUGGUUCCAAAUUUAUUUAAUAUUGAACUCAGGCUUGAAGCUGAGACUUGCACAGUUUUAGAGUGUUCCAUAAACCAAAACUCAAACAAUGAACUUGUCGAUGUCUGCACAGCCUAAAUUGUCCCGUAGCUCUUGAGUCCUGAGAUAGUGAUGUCCUGACCCACUAUGCCAGUCUUAUUUUCUCUUAACUUGUUUUGAUUUGAUUUCAUUCUUUCUUUGUUGUUUGUCUCAUUAUUUUACUUAUCAACUCAGAUUUGACUCUCUUACUGACUUGUUUUUUUUAAUCUGGACUUGUUAUGAUUGAUAUGUGUUCAGCUUCACCUUUGAUGCUGAAACAUGUUGAUCACAAGUAAUGCUGACUUGUUUUUUCAUUAUUGGUGUUUGUUUUGUGACAAAUCCUUGUCCAGUCUCGCUUCCAUCUUCUAUCUGUUUUGACCAGUCAUGGGCACUGUUCCUAAUCAUUUUCAGUCAAAGCUCCAACUGUUAAGCUAGUUAAACUGUUCAAACAUGUGGGCUUUGAUUUUGAUCUGUCACAAGUGUUUCAAUAUUUUGCUCUUGUUAUGAUCAACUUUCUCAGUUUCAGAUGUUAGGAAUUAACUGUUACAUGCCAGACACCCUAUAGUCAUUCCCAGAGUCAUCUGAUCAUUAGGGGUUUUAGCUCAUUCAUUAAAAGUUGAAGGAAAUUGGGUCAGUAUUUACAGAAAAUAAUUCUGAUGAGACUUGUUUCCACAGUUCCAACUUUUCAUCUAUCAAUCACAGCGUUCAUUGCAAUGGGACGCAUUCAGCUUCUCAAACAAGUCCAUCAGAGUUGUCUCUUUGGUUCCUUACUUUUUUCUGUGAGACUCGAGCUCAGUCGUAGCUUUGCAAUCAUUUUUUCACUUUUUUUUAAUUCUCAGAAAAAAAGAAAAAAAAAUCUCAAAGAUACUUUUCAGUCUCAUUUCAGUCAAGCUGGUCAUGGCUGGGUAAACUGAGCAGCGCACAAAUAAAUCCUUUUUAUCUUCCAUUUCUGCUGAAUAUGCAACUCAGUCUGAGUACAGACACAAAGAAAGAAAAACCAUGAUGCUUUAACAGCAGUUUUACACACUAACUGUACAAUAAUCUGUAAUGUCUGUGAUAUGUGAGCUCAAGCUGUAGCUGUAAAAUCAGUUUUUCUGUAGUAAAGCAUCAUUUUGAAUUCUUUUGUCAAGUUAAUAUUGCUUCAUCAAAAUCUCAAGAUGGUCAUCUGAACCUUCCAAAAUCAAAGAAAACAUUUUAUAGCCAUUGCAGUUUUUUUUGUUUUUUUGUUUUUUCAAAACUGUUCCUCACAGUGAGACAUUAAAUGGCCAAAAGAAUGCAGACAGCUAAAAAACAAUGACAUGUGGAUGAAACACAUAUUCCAAAGCUACAGGCAUUAAUCUCCUGCAAUACUCUCUGUAGUAUGUUCCCAUUGAAAGUCACAACAGCAUUACUGGAGUCUCGUAUUGAUAUUGUAUGAAGGUCGGACUCAUCUUAGGUGCUCCGUUUAACCUGUGAGACGCUCUAUGAAGGCCAAACUCCCAUUUCUAUACUACCUAAGCACCCUGUGCUGAACUCUAUGGGUUCAGUUAGUUUAAAGUGUGUAUGAGCCGUUGCAGCCCUGCUUUAGAUGAUAUGCUAGUGGUAAAGCUCUGAUGUCAGCAUUACUAGUCAAAAUGUCACAGAUGAAAUCUGCUCUUUAAAAACUUCUGUUCCUGAAGUGCAGGAACAUGAAAUAAUUCCAGACAGAAUUUAUGCCUAAGAAAAAUCUGAAUUGCUGUUAGACACUGCCUAAUAGAAACGCACAAUCUUUGGAAUACUGGCAAAGGGAUAUUUUGUUAAGAGUGUCUUAUUUCACAGCAUCACAGGUGAAAAGGUUAGGGAAACACUGCAACAAAAACUUUCCCUAAAGAAAGGGAAGGCUGUAAGCGUUUAAUCCACACAUACUUGAGUUUUCUUGGUAAAUAAAAUUGUGGUUAAAUGCUCUACUUACUGUGAGAAAUGGUUUGUUUUUCAAAACUGUGGAAACUGUGGUUGUGUUGAAGAAAGCUUCUUUGUAAAGUUCAAUUUGGCCACAAAGAGAGAACAUUCACACACCAGUCUUUUUCAUUUCUAAAAAUCUUCAGCAAACAUCGCUGAGCAUGUCGUAGCCCGAAGGCCUCUGUAGCCACUGCUCACUGUGUGCACAAGAUUAAUCGAUGUAGAAAAUGAAGAAAUGUAGCAGCCUCAACUGUUAUGUUAUCCAUCUUCAUAGUGAAAUUCUUUGUGAGGUUUCAAGAGAGGUCUGCCUAAUUCUUAUAUAAACAUAUUUCUGUUAUUAUUGUAUUGAAUCCUCAUGAUCAUCCCAGAGAAUAACUGUUUGAAUCAGUAAUGUGGACAUUUAACAGAGAAAGGAAGAUGAGCAUCAGCACUGGAAUCUCAAACUGUAGAUGGUGUUUGUAUGUUUACCAGCACACCUGUUUCCUUUCCACCCAUGCUGAGCUGGACUCAAACUGAUGGAGAAGGGAACCAGUAGCAGCUGAUGAUAAACUGCAACACCUACCAAUCAGCUUUCAGAUUUAUUCUUGUUAAUCGGACCGAAUACCAAGCAGGGGUUCACUGAUGUAGCAGUUUGUCUGUGUCUGUGAUAGAUGUAACUCAGGCCAGAGGUCUUCAGAGCUCCACAACCUUUGAAACCAACCAAAAUACAUGGAAUAACAUCCAUGAUUUAGGAAACCUGGUAAACUGGGUUAUAAGGACAGGCCUGUGUUAACUGGUAUUAAAUAGACCUCUGAAGACCUUUAGCUGAGCUGCCUUUCACAUGCUGAUUUAGCUUUUAAAGUUGUAUAAAUCAAUAGUCACUCUGCUGUAACACCCCCUUAAAAAAGCCACCAACCAAAUACAUUAAAACUUAUCCACAGAGGUCGACUGAUGACUGAAACAAAUAUAUAUUUACAUUUAGCCAACUAUUAAAAUGUGUUCCAUAAUUAUAGCUUUAUUUAUUAGUCAAAGUAGAAAUUGGUAAAUUAAUUUGCUUGUUUUCAUUAAUUUAAAGUACUGGAUUGACACUAUAGCUACUGAGCUUACUGCUAACACGCCAGCCAUAGUAGCUAGUCUUGCAAGCAUAGUUUUUAACGAGCAAUGUAGCAAAACUGUCCAACCUAUCGCAAUGCUGGAUUACACUGCAAACACAGUGAGAGAAAUCACACCAGAAAGGCUUGGUUAGGUAGUGAACUCUUAAUCUGUCACGAUAGGACUUUAUCUGUCGACUUAGUAGUACUUACACUUGCUAAUUUGGGCCUAUUAGGGUAUGCACAAAGACAGUUGUGAAUACAAUCAGUGCACUAAAAAAGUACCUGAAUGGGGUCAAGAAGCUGUGUGUGAAACCUCUGACCCUCAUCAACAAACCAGUAGUGGAGGAUGCAUUGUUGGUGCAGAUAGAUUUCACAAGUAUCUAUCUGGAAUACAUGUGUUGCAUUUCUUUCUUUUUUGUUGAUGCCUUUGAUGAAGACAUCAGGUCAUCAGUGCAUGUUUUGCUUUGUGUCUGUCAUUUAAUACUAUUAAAAGCUUAAAAUUCAUUUACAUGUCAUGUAAAAGUUGCAUGAUGUCACAGUGAUCAAAAUGUUGCAAAGAAAAAUAAAAUGGUGAUGUGACUGGGAGUUCCAGAGAAAGUGAUUAUAUUUGAAUCUAUAGAGGCAAAUGUAACCAUGUCAUCUGUAGUGUUGUUAAACAUGUAGAAUGAACUGCAAGCAGUAUUUUUAGCACUUAUUAAUCUUAUUUACUUUUCUGAUUAAUAGUGUAUAAAAGCUAAGUGUGCAUUCUUUUCAUAUCACUGAGUCUAUUUUGAGCAUUCUUUUAACCAGCCCUGUUCCAGUUAUGUGAAGCACUGUUUCAUUUAAAGGCUCUCCUGCUUACAGGGAUUACUAUAAUCGCCAACACUGUAGUUCAAUUUGACACUGAACACUAGUUUGAUCUGGUGAAUCAGUCGACCUCUAGCUGUAAUCUGAGCUGUAACUUAUACCUUCUGCUGUAGCUGUUGCAUUAUCAACAAAUAAAAUAUUUUCAACACUU